GGACAACAACGACGAGCAAGAAGUCUUUCACGCCUGCAGACAUCGGUUGUGCUGUGCAGUCGAUUUGAAAGGCGAAGCAAGGUGAGGAGGAAUACUCGGACGAGCAGGAGGAAGAUGUCGAUGUUGGACAUGAUACCAGCGAGACGUGCGGGAUGGCCGAAGUGGAGAGAGGAAGAGCCUCGGGCAGAUCCAUUAACUUUGACUUCAACUUUCUCGCAGACCUCACCUGCCGUCGUGCACUCGAGUUACCACGCAUCACAGCGCAUUCGGAAGAAGCGCGACCAUGGCGUCUUUCGACAUUACCGCAAAACUCUGCAACAUGUGCAAGUCAAGAGCCUCCAGCCUGUCCGGAGACGACUCUUCCCGCCGUCGUUCCCAGCUAUGUGCUCGCAGUCGUGCUCACAAUGGAGGAGACUGACAUCUCAAGCGCCAUCGUACUGCCUCUACUACCGCUCUGGCCGCCAGAUUUCCGCGAUCUCAUCGCCUCCUUCAUCCGCUUCCGUGCUGCUACCUUUCGUCAUCGAGUCAACUUUUGCCUGCUGCUCGACAGCAUUUCGCCGCAUUCGACGAGCUCAUCCACCACCUGAACAACAAACACCCUCGUUCUGCCGAGAAAGCUGUGCAGAAGGAUGACAUGCACGGAGGCAGCGCCGCAAAGACACCUUGUAAGGACCAGGAGAAGGUCCCCAUGAACGAAAAGAACAACAUCAAGAGUGGCUGGGUUGCGGUG